AUGGUGGUCGAUCAAAGGUUCCUUAAUAGAAGGCCCGUUAGCCCGAGGAAUGAAGUUAUGGCGAUCACACCCAAAGUGAUUGUGCUGAGAGGAGAGGAUGCUGUGGCAGAGACUGCGGGUGCUGUUCCAAUCGCCAUCUACCACAACGGAAGUUCGCAGCCGGUCAUUGCACUGUGGAAUGUCACUGUUGUGAGAAAGCUCGUGGAUUUGAGCUCAGUUCCGAGCAAAGGGCGCAACUUGAGGAACUGUUCGAUCUUGUUUACCUUGACCGAAGAUCUUACUGGGGACACCGGGCAGCUACUCGUGACCAUUGUGGAAGACGAUGAUGGAAUGCCCCUCAGCCAAAAAUGCGACAUUCAGCCGAAACAGUCAUCUCUGACGGGGUUGACUAUAACCCAAGUCAUGGUAACGCAUACUGUGUCACCCAGCUCCCGACGGUAUCUGGAAUCACUCGGUAACCGCUGGCUUCAGAUGGAGAACGACAAAGGAAAUCCUUCGAACUUACAGCCAGGUCCAUACCUCUACAUCGAAUAG